AUGUCUUCAUCCAAAGGCAUCGAAGAGCUUUUUGCACAAAUCCUCGACGAGCACGGGCAACACCCCGACAUACUCGUCUCUAACGCCGGCACCGCUGGCUUCAAUAACAAGGCAAACCCGCAGCUGGAGAACAUCUCUCUCGAAGAGUUCGACUUCACCUACUCCAUCAACCUCCGCGCCUCGUUUCUGCUCUGUAAACUCGCUAUGCACCACAUGGCUAAGCAGCAUUGGGGCCGCAUCAUCUUCGUGUCGUCCAUCUCUGCAAUUGGGGGCGGCAUUAAUGGCUGUCACUACGCCGCUAGCAAAGCCGGACUGACUGGGCUAAUGAAAAAUCUGGCUUCCAAGCAUGCCAAGGACGGGGUCACGCUGAAUGAUGUGGCGCCGGCCAUGAUUGGCGAGACGGGCAUGAUACCCGACGAGAAGCGCGUCGAGGGCACGCCGGGAGAUGUGAAGAACAUCCCCGUUGGCAGAUUGGGAACCCCGCAGGAGUGCGCUAAUGUCGUGAUCAUGCUGUGCAAGACUGGAUACUUGACGGGCCAGAGUAUCUUGCUAAGCGGCGGUCUGAAGUGA